AUGGGUUCUCAGUUUGACUCGUCUGAGAUGGCCCCCUUCAAAGUGCUCGUCCUUGGCGGCUGCUACGGCGGCCUGUCUGCUGCGCUCAAUCUACUUGAUUUGACCGAAGGACGCGCAGCACGGCAAGGCAAUGGAGCCGUACCAGGUCACGACGGCAAGGUCCCCGUCGACAUUACGAUUGUGGAUGAGCGGGAUGGUUACUCCCUCGCGGACGAAGCAUUCGCCUCCAAAGCCUGGGUCAAAUACGAAGACAUGGCCGCGCUGAAGACGCCCAAGAUCACAAUGAUCCAAGGCAAAGCGACAAAGGUUGACAUGUCCAACAAGCGCGCCACAGUCCUCGAGACAUCGACGCAAGCACCGAGGGACCUGGCGUAUGACUACCUCGUGGUGGCCACCGGCCUGCGCCGCGCGUGGCCUGUGGUUCCCCAAUCCCACUACCGCAAGCAGUACCUGUCCGAGGCAGGCGCGCACAUCGCGGCCGUCUCAGAGGCCCGCGAGGGCGUGGUGGUUGUAGGUGGCGGCGCAGUGGGCAUAGAAAUGGCUGCCGAGCUCAAGACGGUCCACCCGGGGGUCCGCGUCACACUGGUGCACUCCCGCGACAAGCUGCUCAGCUCCGAGCCGCUGCCGGACGAGUGCAAGGACAAGGCGUUGGAGCUUAUCCGGGACGCUGGCGUCGAGACCCUGUUGGGCAAGCGGCUGGACCACACCGAGGAGGUCACGCGAGACGGCGGCCGCAAGGUGACGGAGGUGACCUUUACUGAUGGACACAAGAUGGACGCCAGUGUCGUCAUAAUGGCCGUCAGCAGAUCUGUGCCGUCGACCGAGUUUCUCCCCAAGGCGGCGCUAGAGGAGGACGGCCUGAUCAUGGCCAGGCCUGAAAUGAGGUUUGCGGGAGACGUGCCCAACGCUCAUGCGCACUUUUGUGUUGGUGAUUCUAUCAAGUGGUCGGGGAUCAAACGAUGUGGUGCUGCGAUGCACAUGGGCUACUAUGCGGCGCACAACAUCCAUGAGCUCAUUCUGGAGAAGCUCAAUGGUACGGCGCCGAAGUUCCUCGAGCUGGGCGAGGUACCACCCGUGAUAGGGCUGGCUGUUGGCAAGAAAGCCAUGUCUUACAGCCCCGGACAGGGUGUAGAUGCUGGAGAGGAGGUCAUGAGAGCGUACUUCGGCGAUGAUUUGGGCUUUGGUAUUUGCUGGCGGCACAUGCGGCUCGGGCAGGAACCUGGCCUGCCCAAGGGCACACCUAUUGAAGGCUGA